AUGGAUAUGAUCAGUAACUUACCCGACAAUAUCAUCGUCUUCUGCAUUCUCUCUUUACUUACAACCAAAGAGGCAUUUGCCACAAGUAUUUUGUCCAAAAGAUGGACUCAUCUAUGUCACUUUGUUCCUAAGAUCGACUUCACCAACAUCAUAGUGAAUAGCGACGAAUCUAAUUCCCGUUUUAUUCAAUUUGUGAACUCCGUUUUGGCCUCUCGAGACGCUGUUUUUUCUCAUUUCAUCAAUAGUUUCUGCCUUGAAAUUCAAUAUGGUAACCCUAAUCUUGCUCAUCUCAGCAUUCCCAGUAUCGUCAAAUGGGUCAACCAUGUUGUUGAGCGCAGACUCGAGUAUCUUUGUCUCUGUCUACAUGUUAAUAACCUACCCAAGUUUCCCAUUAGUACCCUCGGAUGCAAAACCCUUGUAACUCUCAAACUCAGGGGCUUCCAUUUGGUGGGUUUUUCUCUUCCUUCCAUUGGACUCCCAUCACUGAGAACCCUUCACUUGAAGAAUAUUGAGUUUACUGGUAUUCAAGGUUUUAUGUUAGUUUUAGCUGGAUGUCCAAUGUUGGAGAAUCUACGAGUGUCUGAUAUAUAUUUCCAUGAGGAGGAAGAAGAUUCUCUUACCAUUCAAGAGGUUAAAAGCUUCAGCUUCCCUAAAUUGACUAGAGCAAAAGUCACUCGUUUUUGGUCUUCGUAUUUUCCGAUGAAAGCACUCUCUAAAUCAGAGUAUUUGUGCAUAGAUGCAUACUGGUUUGAAGACUUUAUUUACGAGGUGAAUCAACCAUAUAGUAAUAGUCCUAUCUUUCAUAAUUUGACCCACUUGCAACUCCGCGAUAGUUGGGAUUGGGUAGCACAAGUACUUCUGCACUGUCCUAAGGUUCAACAUCUCGAACUUUACCAGGAUCCAAAUGGAAUACCUUUGACAAAAAAUGAACAAGAGAAUUGGGUGGAACCAGAAUUUGUUCCAGAAUGCCUUUUAUCAUGCCUUGGAAGUUGCACUAUUGGGGACUUCUCUGGCUUACCAGUUCAUCUUGGGUUAGCAAAAUUUAUUUUGAAGAAUUCAAGAAUUUUGGAAAUCAUGAUCAUUUGGAGCAAAAGGGAGCAAGCUGAAAUAGAAAGAAAAUUGUCUGCAUGCCCUAAGGCUUCUGCAGCAUGUGAACUUAUAGUUUAUUGA